CCGCAACGAGCCGCCGGAUCCAUGGCCGGCAAAGACGGCUCCGUCCCUUCCCCGCCUCCUCCCCGGCUCCCAUCCUACCCUGAGAUGAUCGUGGAGGCAAUCCGGGCGCUGGGACUCGAGAACGGCUGCAACAAGACUGCGAUCUCGGACUACAUCAAGGGCAGCUACGGCUCCAACCUCCCUGCCCAGCACAACGCCGUCCUCACGGGCCACCUCGCCCGCAUGAAGGCUACCGGUGAGCUCGCCUUCCUCAGGAACAACUAUCUCCUCCCCAACGAGGACGAAGCCUCCCCGCUGAGCACCGGUGGGCACAAGGGCCCCGCCGCCGCCGAGGAGUCUACUGGCGUGUUGGACGUUGGUGACGAUGUGUUGCUUGCUUCCCCUCUCGUCAUCGACGCUGACGCCGUCGACAUUGACGUGCCUGCUCCAGCUCCCGUUGUCACCGCUGAUGUCGACGACAUUGACGUGCUUGCUCCAGCUCCCGUUGUCAGCGCUGAUGUCAACCCUGUUCAUACCAAGCGGGGACGCGGACGGCCCCCGAAGCCCAAGGACCCCGUUGCUGAGGGCUACGGUGGUAAGCCCGCUACAGCUCCCGUCGCCGCCGCUGCCGUGCCUGUCAAGCGCGGGCGCGGACGUCCGCCGAAACCCAAGAACCCCGUCGCCGAGGACUCAGCUCCCACUGCGUCUUCCGUCGUCACCACUGAUGGCAAUGCCGUGCCUGUGAAGCGUGGGCGCGGACGCCCCCCAAAGCUCAAGGACCCCAUCAAUGUGGCCACUGACCAGGCCACCAGCGGCAUGCUCAGCCCACGUGGCCGUGGGCGCCCGCCCAAGAAGGCCAAGGUCGCCGUGGAAGAUCCCAGAGGUGAACCUGCUGCAGCUCGAGACGUUGUUGUUGAUGCCAGUGCUGUACAUGUCAAGCGUGGGCGUGGACGGCCCCCAAGAUGAGUCCUGCUCCUGCAGCUGCAGUGACUGGGAAGCCGUCUGAGUCUUAAACCAUGAAAAUUGAAUCCUAUGGUGGUAAUGGUUUGGGAGUAGCUUGGUGUAUCAAAUUGAGUUCUGAACUAUCUUAUCCAGUUGGGUGCAUAGCAUCGGAAGACUAAUCUCAAUAAUCGAGAAAUUUGCUGUUUUGCCACUCUCAAAUUUGGCUGCUUGUUAUUAUGCCAUCUCGUGUCUAUGACUGGUGGGACCGUCUGUGUCUAUGAUUUGUGGGUCCGAUGGCAUACUGGCGAAGCCCACAAAUGAUAAUGGCAAAAUUGCCAAUGGCUCCUCAAUAAUCUGGAUGGUUUCUGUACAUUGAAUGGCGGAUGAUGCGUAAUAGUUGACUGCUGCUGAAGACUUGACUU